UCGUAUAUCUCCUUUUUUCUCUCACCGUUCUUUUGGUUCUCGCGACCACUUUAGGGUUAGGGUUUGUCGAACGCAGCUAUUUACGCGUUAUUCUUCUCUGUAAUUCGCCUCCCUGGUGUUGCUCCUUUCUCUGUGGAUUUCUGAUGCAAAUUAAAGGUGCAUAGGGGAUUAUCACCGUUUCUGAAGUGAUAGACACCUGUCCUGAUCCUGAUUUAGCUGUAUUCUGGGCUUAGAAGAUAGCAAUGACUGGAAUGUUGCCUGCUGAAUCUUCGCACUGUGAGAGUGGGACUACAAUGAAUUCCUAUAAUAAGCAAGCUGAGGUUGGGCGCUGGUAUUUUUCUAGAAAAGAAAUAGAAGAACAUUCACCAUCAAGGCGGGAUGGAAUUGACUUAAAGAGGGAGAUAUACCUUCGAAAAUCAUACUGUACCUUUUUGCAAGACUUGGGCAUGCGGUUGAAAGUCCCCCAGGUAACAAUAGCUACGGCAAUAAUAUUCUGUCAUCGAUUCUUCAUUUGUCAAUCUCAUGCCAAGAAUGACAGGAGGACAAUCGCAACUGUCUGCAUGUUCCUUGCUGGAAAGGUUGAGGAAACUCCACGGCCACUAAAAGAUGUUAUUGUUGUCUCUUACGAGAUAAUCCACAAGAAGGAUCCUGCUGCAGCACAGAGAAUCAAGCAAAAGGAAGUGUAUGAGCAACAAAAAGAGCUUAUACUAAGCGGAGAAAAGAUUGUACUUUCAACUUUAGGCUUUGACUUUAAUAUUCUUCACCCUUAUAAACCCCUUGUAGAAGCAAUUAAGAGGUUUAAGGUUGCGCAGAAUGCUCUUGCCCAAGUUGCGUGGAAUUUUGUUAAUGAUGGUCUGCGGACGUCACUCUGCCUGCAAUUUAAGCCCCAUCACAUUGCGGCGGGUGCGAUUUUUCUUGCUGCCAAGUUCCUUAAAGUGAAGUUACCAUCAGAUGGAGAGAAGCUCUGGUGGCAAGAAUUUGAUAUCACACCUCGUCAAUUGGAGGCGCUGGUAGACUUGUAUUUUUCAGACGUAAGCAACCAGAUGCUUGAGCUUUAUGAACAAAACCGUGCUCCUUCAUCUCAAGGAAGUGAAGUCGAAAGUAGUGCUGGGGCAGGGGUAGCUCUUCGGUCUGCGUCAAGAAAUGCAGCUUCCAUGGACGAGUAUGGUAAUUUUAAGCAAAUGUCAUCACGCCUGCCCCCUGACCUCACGAAUUCUGAUAAUCAUAGUGGACCAUCAAAAGCCAACCAUGAUCAGAACAAUGAUAAUGGGAGCGGUGAGACUGGUAGUGUUAUUACCGAACAUAAAGGGGAAAGAGACGGAGAGAAUAAAGAUAGCUAUCAUCCUGAAGAUUAUCCAUCUCAUAGGGAUAGUGUGAGGGAAGUCCACCAUAAAUCUAGAUCUGGAGUUGAACGAACGGGGAAGGAAGACUCAGAAAGGACAUCUGGAGAUCAUAGAGAUGACAGCACUCUUCAUAAAUCUAGAAAUGUUGAUACAAGUGAUGUCCCAGUAAGCCAGUCACCCAAAGACUUGAAAUUACUCCGAGAUACAGUGAAGGCUAAAUUAGAGAAAGCUAAGAAGCUCCAAGGUGAGAGAACGAGGAAAAAGGAUUUGAUGGAUGAUGAUGAUCUGAUUGAAAGAGAACUGGAAGAUGUGGAAUUGGCAGCCAAGGAUGACAAAACAAAGCGAAAGAAAAGACUGAGCUCAGCAGAGGUUGAUAACUCUGAUCACAUGGGUAGCGAACGUUCUGAUGUUGAAGAUGAAAACAGCACUGGUGGCAAGGGGGAUGUUGCAAAUAUGGAGGAAGGUGAAAUGGUAAGUGAUGCUUCCCCAAUGACAAACAGCUGAAAGAAAAAAUUGGGAAGUCUUCCCGAAAGGCAAUCCGAAUGGAAGUCGACAAGAACAUGGAUUAAACUACAGCCACGUGAAUAUCGAAGAGAGUGAUAAGGUGGGCCGGGUUGAUUACGCUGAACCUGAGCACAGAAGACACUCGCUAGAAAAUCAUUCUUAGGAGGUAAUGAUCAGAUGCUACUCUUUGUUGUCUUUUAUAUAUCGUCAUUACAAACCUUUGGCACUCAGAUGCUGGACCAUGUCAGUCGACUUUUACAUGGUUGAUUCGGUCUUUGGACUCGGGAAACUUGCUGUGAUAUUUAUGUUGGUUAUAUAUACCCGUUUUUGUGGGCGUCUGCACAAUCCAACGAUUGUAUAUAAGCCAUUGGAGAAACAAUGACAUUCUUAAUUCUAUAUAGGAUGAAUGAUA